AUGAACUGCGUGAAAUGCGCUCAAAGGAAAACUAACCUUUAUGAUAAGACUGUGGAACCCUGUGGAAAAUUCAUCAUACCAACUAAACCAUUUGAACUGGUCCACAUGGAUAUCAUGUGUCCGUUCCCCCGCUCCAGUCGUAACAAUUUAUACGCAUUGACAAUGCAAGACUCCUUCAGUAAGUUCGCAAUCACGACAGCUAUCCCUUCCAUCAUCACUGAAGUUGUAAUUGAUCGAUUCCUUAAAUGCUUAGUCUAUACAUUCGGGCCUCCAGCUCGAUUAAUUACAGAUCGAAGAUCUAAUUUUAUGUCCAGUCAGUUCGCGAAAAUGUGCAAAGAUACAGGUAUAAUACAUGAACCAACCUUACCACAUCAGAAAAAUGCAAAUGGCCAAAUCGAGAGAUUACAUCGUACGCUGGAGGAAUGCAUCAGCCACUAUGUAAAUCAGGACCUCAGUAACUGGGACCUCUUCUUACCAAAGAUUACACACACUCUAAACACGGUACCCAGCUCUACGACAGGUAUAUCACCGUAUGUGCAUUGUUUGGAAGAGAUUGCCGCAUGUCAAUUGAUCAAUCUGUCUCCCACUCAUACGAACAAAAACACAGCAGAACAUAUUGAACAUUCCAUACUCGAUAAAGUCAUUUAUGACAAAUUACGCACAGCUUCCGAAACAAAUGUACAGAAGUAUAAUACGAAACAUAAUGUGAAUGAGAAAGAUGUGAAGAAGAAUGAUUUCGUCAUGAUCGCCGUAAAGAAUCUUAAACCUGGCCACAAAUUACGCAAAAGUUUUGAUGGUCCUUUCCGAGUAGUGAACGUGAAUGGCAGUUUAGUUCAGGUUCAAAAUUCUAAUGGCAAGCUUCAAGAUGUCCACAAAGACAGCUUGAAGAUUUAUUCCAGAAACUUGUCUAAUAUUCCUUCACGGAACACGGAUGUCGGAGCCCGUCAUCAACUGAACCAUUGGGGAAAAGAGAAGAACUGGAAAAGCACACAGCAUCCGGAGGAUAACAAUUCUGACAAGGAUGAGCUGAAAAUCAUAUAUGACAGUAAAGAAGACGAAAUUCUCGAAGAAGAGGACGCGAAAGACCCUACGUAUGUCCCUCUAAAUGACAUUUGA